GGCAGAUGGCACCAUCACCGGAGAUUCCUCCAUUUCCUCUCUCCUCAUUCCAAAACCUAGGCAGAAAGAGAAGACGACGAUUCAGAAGCUUGGUCCAAGAACACAAUUCGUCUGUCCUACUCUUUCUUCAUUUUUUCAUCAGUUUGGAAACAAUCAGAUGAUUAUGUAGAAUCACAAUUUCCUUACAAAUGUUUUUGGAAUGCUGCUUUUGUCAGUUUAAUCAACAAUAGUUAAUUUCACAGAGGGAUUCUUCUUCUACAAAUGCAAAACUUUAACAAGCCAAGAACCCAGCCAAGGCCUAACAGGUCUUACGCUUUAGGAGGUAUGGAUCAUACAGAGCCAAACAAGAAGAAAGGAUUUGUAAGAAAGAUUAUUUUUGCUUCAUUCCUUAUAGCAUUAUGUAUCUUCAUGCUCAAACAAUCCCCAUCUUUCAGGAGCCCUAGCCCAUUCUCUAGGCAUGAAACAGGAAUUACUCAUGUCUUAGUAACUGGAGGUGCUGGCUAUAUUGGCUCCCAUGCUACAUUACGCCUCCUAAAAGACUCUUAUCGUGUAACCAUAGUGGACAAUCUCUCUCGUGGAAACAUAGGAGCUGUGAAAGUUCUUCAAGACCUGUUCCCACAACCUGGGAGACUCCAAUUUAUUUAUGCUGAUUUGGGAGAUGCAAAAGCUGUAAACAAAAUCUUUUCUGAAAAUGCAUUUGAUGCAGUAAUACAUUUUGCAGCAGUUGCAUAUGUGGGUGAGAGUACCCUUGAUCCAUUAAAGUAUUAUCACAACAUUACAUCAAAUACCCUUGUGGUAUUGGAGGCUAUGUCAGUACAUAAUGUUAAUACACUUAUAUAUUCUAGCACAUGUGCUACAUAUGGGGAACCUGAAAAGAUGCCAAUUACAGAAGAAACCCCUCAAAAUCCUAUUAAUCCAUAUGGGAAAGCCAAAAAGAUGUCUGAAGAUAUCAUUCAAGAUUUUCAUCAAAACUCAGACAUGGCAGUUAUGAUUUUAAGAUACUUCAAUGUGAUUGGUUCAGAUCCAGAUGGAAGAUUAGGAGAAGCACCAAGACCAGAGUUACGUGAACAUGGAAGAAUAUCAGGUGCAUGUUUUGAUGCAGCUCGUGGAAUUACCAAUGGGCUCAAGGUUCGAGGAACAGACUAUAAAACCCCAGAUGGAACUUGCAUACGUGACUACAUUGAUGUUACUGAUUUAGUUGAUGCUCAUGUAAAAGCACUUGAGAAUGCAAAACCUGGCCAUGUUGGGAUUUACAAUGUUGGAACAGGAAAAGGUAGAUCAGUUAAAGAGUUUGUGGAAGCAUGUAAGAAGGCAACAGGGGCAUCGAUUAAAGUGGACUACCUGCCACGUAGGCCUGGUGACUAUGCUGAGGUGUACAGUGACCCAUCAAAGAUACUUCGGGAACUCAACUGGUCAGCUCGGCACACUGAUUUAGAAAAAAGUUUGGAGGUUGCAUGGAAAUGGCAGAAGUCACAUCAUAAUGGAUAUGGGUCCAUAAAGACUAUAUUUUGAUAUGGACCAAUGAUCAUAUGUGGUUAAAGAUUUGAAGAUUUUGACCUGGUUUCAUGAUUAGGUUUAUUAUGAAAAUUAGGGGUUGAGGUUUAGGGUAAUUUAUAUAUAUAUAAUUUUUUCCACACAUUUGAAUAUCAUCAUAUGAUUAUUUCUUACAUUGGGACUUGGGAGGAGUUGUACCCAUAAAUUAUUUGUAUUAAGAAACUGGUUACUGAUGAGAUCUUAGAAAUAAUGUGUCUUUAUCAGGUUUAGCUUAAACUCAUGUUACAAUAUAAUGAUAUAUGUAAUGUAACCCGAUCAUAUGAGAAAUGCAAAAAUUGUAGGAAAUGAAAGAAAUGA